AUGGAUCAAGACGGCCAGAACAACCGUGAAGAAGCGUUCGUACUGGACGAACCCGGAUUUCUUGAACCUUGCAACCUGCCAGAUGCAGAAACUGGUGCACGCUUCGUCGAAGAAGCGAAUGCAAAACGAGCGGAGUUUAUUGCUAGCGAAGUCAAUACCAGAGCAAGAACUGUCUACGAGAACUUGUCAAUGGUUGAAGAUCGCGACAAAGUUGCAGGUAUUCCGCCAUUUUUGCUGAAUUCCAGCAUAACUCAGCACGAUGCUCCGUAUUGUGUCCCUGAAAAAACUAAAGCUUUUCCGGAUCUGUCCAGCAGUUUGACGUUCGAUAGCAAUUUUGAGAGUGGGAAUCUGGAGCGCGCCAUUCGCAUCGGUGAAUACGAAUAUGACCUAGUGUUGUGUCAUGACUUCAACUCGUCCGGCCAUAUGCAGUGGUUCUAUUUUGCUGUAAGCAACAUCCAAACGCCAGGUUCAAGUCCCCGUGGUGGUCAAAAGUACCGAUUCAAUAUUGUCAACCUAUGCAAGCCAAACUCGCUAUUCAAUCAAGGUUUGCAGCCGGUGGUGUAUUCUGUACGAGAUGCUCACCAGAAAGGGAGAGGGUGGGUGAGAUCGGGGACAGAUAUAUACUAUUUCGCCAACUCGUUCGUGAGGCCACCAAGGAACGCAACAAACAUUCAGGGCGUUGCUCCCACGGAGGUAGCAACCACAGUGCCAACCACGACAGCCCCCUCCAUGACGUACUAUACGCUGACGUUCACGCUUGAAUUUUCGAAUGCAGAGGAUACCUAUCUCGUCGCUCACAGCUACCCGUACACGCUGACAAUGCAUCAGCUGCACAUCGACAGCAUCCUCCGCUCAGGUCACGACACAAGCCACAUUCUUCGGCACAGCUCAUUAUGUACAACGCUCAGUGGAAGGACUUGUGACUUGUUGACAAUUUCGGAUUUUUCUGUUGCUACACAAGAAUUGGACGCACGGAGAGCAGUCUUUAUUACCUCGCGCGUUCAUCCAGGAGAAUCGCAAGCAUCUUGGAUGAUGCGAGGAGUGAUCGAUUUCUUGUUAGGAAGCUCGGAUGUGGCGCGUGUUCUGCGUCGAAUGUUUGUAUUCCAGAUCAUCCCGAUGCUCAACCCCGACGGUGUGUACUAUGGCAACAGUCGGUGUGGGCUCUCCGCGUGUGACUUGAAUCGCCAGUGGCAAGCACCGAGCAAGGCAUUGCACCCGACGAUUUUUCACGCAAAAGAGCUGCUUGUUAAAGAGCGCUCUUCCCGGGGAGUUGCGUUUUAUUGUGAUAUGCACGGCCAUUCGAGAAAGAAGAACGUGUUCAUGUAUGGGUGCGAUACGAAACGAAAACCAAACCCAGCGGCACGGGAAUUUGCGAAACUGUUCUCAAUGCAACAGACGGCCAAGAAGUACAUCUCGUUCCCGGAUUGUAGCUUCAAAGUGAGCAAGGAUAAGGAGACGACUGCCCGUGUGGUUAUAGCGAAUGAGCUGAAGAUCACAUGGAGUUUUACACUAGAGGCUUCAUUCUGUGGUGCCAACUACGGCGAGCUGCAAAACAUGCAUUUCAACACCAAACAUCUCCGUGAAGCAGGGGCUUCGCUUUGCGAAACGUUGUUCCAGGCCUGCGUAAGUGAUGUGAGCGUUCGAGACCGGCUUAUUGCCAAGGUGGACGACUCUUCGAUGUGCAUUCCACAGCUAGUGGAACCCCAUUUGCGUGAAGCUGGAGCUGUGAGCGAAGGCUCAUCAAAAAUCACAAACGAGGCUGCUCCAAAAUCUGUCAGGCGAAAGCCUUCCAAAGUACGGACAGUCAGUACAUCGGAUGCGGGAGCCCCAAAAGUGACUGAAACAAGCGAAGGAUCAGGAAGACGGAGAAGGCUGAGCCGUCAACAGAACAAGUCGUCUUCAUUGGCCAGUGGACUUCUUGACGGGACCGCACGUGAUGUUACGGAUCCAGCUUUCGUUACUGACGACUCUACAAGUGGACUUGAUCUCGCCUACAUCCCACCGCCCAAACUAAGUGGAAGAAAGCUACGCAGCAAAUACCCGAAAGUUCGAAGGACGAAGAGCAGCCCUGAUGGACACAUCAAGUCUCGUCGUCGAGCCAUACCCAGUCUUGCCUCCAAUGACGCUGGCGACGAACCCGAGGAGGCUAUCAGCCAGCAGGGGGCAGCGAGUGGGUUUGGAGCGGCUAACAGCUACCCUUCUAGCGAUUCAAUUAUGCCGCUAGUGUCCCCAUCGAAACUUUCAGCAGUACCUGGGCCACCUACUUCUUCAGUGCGCAACGGUUUCCAAGGCCCCGAGUCCACGUAUAUACGAUCGCCCAAAUCGAUCUCAUUUCCAUACCCCACUAACAUGCUUGGCAUUCCGCUCCGGGACUCGUCGGUGCUUCUUCCGUCUCCAGUGGGCGAAGUGAUAACACGGUCACCAAAAGCUCCCGCGAAUCGUAUUCGCUUCAGAGGGGCUGGGAGGCAGUUCUCAGCGGUCAAUACCAUACCGCGGGCCAGUAUCCACGACAUCUUGAGAUCCGACUCGGUAACAGCUUUCCAGUCGUAUGAAGCGGAUCUUAUCAACGCCUCAACUAUGGUUAUUAGACAACGCGCUCCGGCAAACAAUAACGCUCCAGUUUCGUCCGAUGAAAAGAAUCUGUCAUCACCAUCAUCCAGCUAUCUAAGUUUCCCAAGCGUCAUGUAG